UGCCUGACAACAUCUGUCCUCUCGAGGUUAGGGUUCUUUUAGAGAUUAGAGAGGUUUAAUAUCGAACGAUCCUUUGGAUCUCGUAAUGGAAGUUUGAUUAUUUAACAUCUUUCAGAUAUAUAGUCUUUCCAUUUUUAUGUCAUAAACCUCGAAUAUUUAUCAAAUUAUAGGGCUUUCGAUCGUAUUAUUUUGUUGAUCGUCGCCAUUUAAACGUAUAUAAUAUACCUUUCUCUUGUUUUUCUUUCAAAUCUUCAUUAAAUACUCUUCUUUAAAAAAACUUGAAAUUUUCAAAGCUUAAUCAAUGGAAACAAUAGCAGUGCAACGUUCACCGGGUAAACAGGUUUCUGGUUUGAGACCAUUCAAGAACCCUAGAAGAAGGAGUUCUCGUGGUUCCCUUUCAAGAUCCGGAGGAAGUUUGGCUCUUCCGACUACCCCAACGUCGUCUUGGGGAACUUCGCCGGUAUAUCCGCCGCAUCCUUGUUACUCUCAGCCUCCUCUUCUCCCUCUGCCCCGUGUCAACAGCUCAAUUCUUCCUCUGCAGCGCGUCAACAGCUCUCGACCACGUGUCAACAACAACAACUCUACUCUCAAUUGCGUCGCUCAGACGAAAGCAAUAUCUGAAGCACACAAGAAAAAAGUAGAGUUCGUCGAGUCUGUACAGACACUGUCUCGAGCUGGUUCAGUUCCGGUCCGGUCUAACCAUCUACGUGAUUUUCCUAAAGGUUUUGAUGGUUACCCCGGUCCAGCGAUCAUGUUAUUAUCUCCGCCGCCGAGUAGUUUGCCUAUGCCUAGGUUUUCGAUCAAACCGAAGCUUCGUUGCAACGUAGAAGCUGCUGGCAAAAAUGACGCAGCCACCGAUAACAUCCGGCGAGUUUUACAGCUCCGGUGAAAGGUGGUGCUACGGCUACGUAACGUUUGAUGAUGUUACAAAUAAAAUAAGCUUAUGGGCUUUUAAAUACUUUAUUGGGCUUGGGUCUGUCUUGUUUUUUUAUAAUUGAUAGAACUCUUCUCUCUACUUUGUGUGAUUUGUUAAGCCAUGACUUUUUAAAAAGGCUCUUUUGGCACAAAAUAGCCUGGCGGUAAUAGAUUUUCAAUUGCUUCAAGACUUAUAUAAAGAUAUGUUUCUGAUGAUGACAUCGAAUAUUGGGUUUUGUAACAUCAUUACGUAAGAAGCAAUACAUAAGGUUAUAAUAAUGAUA